CAUCUGGAGCCAGGGAUCACAGUCAGGAUUAAGUGCAUGUAGGUAGUAGUCUGUGGCCAGUGAAUGCUCAGAAACAGUAGAGCUGAGCUCAUCCAGUUCUGGCUUCUCCAUUGUGGACCUCAGAGAAAAUUAAAUUGUGGAUUUUUUCUGUUUGAAGAUGAAGAAUACCACAAAGAUAAUGAGAGACAUCUGAGAGAGGCUUGUUUUUACUCCUUUGGCUUUCUUUGCUGCCCAUAACAAGCAGUAAGCAAGAUGAAGGUGAAAUGGAAUACGCUGGGCAUGGUUGUCUUCUUUCUGCUCUCUGUGGUCAUGACCUGCUUCUUUAUAUGGCAGUAUAGGAUGCCAAAGCUGAAGACAGAAAUGCUUACAAAAAAAAGUAUAGUAGAGGAGCUGUGCCCUCGAUUCCCUGAACCUGUGCCCCUUGAACAUCCCAUCACAUCACUGAGGGUGGCCUUAGAAAAGGCAGAUGUACUCCUGAGGUCAAGCAUUCAUACCACCAAGCUACCAGCAAUAUCAGCUAUUGUGGUUUUAAACGACUCUGUUCUGUGGAAUGGAAACUUUGGCAAGAAAAACUUAAGUGACCCCUCCUCAUCUGCACCCAAUGAGUACACAGUGUACAGAAUUGCAAGUCUCUCUAAGAUCUUCCCCACACUGAUGCUAUACAAAUUGUGGGAGGAUGACCUGGUGGACUCUCUCGACGAUCCUCUGGAGAAGUACGUGGAAAACUUCACUAUCAAAAACCCACUGGGGAACGGUGGGAGGCCGGGAUAUUCAUCAUCCAAGAUGCUCAGCAGCCUCUCACCUGCAAUCACCCUGCGCAGGAUGGCCAGCCAGCUGUCCGGGUUACCCAGAAGAUUAAGGUCAACUAAUCUCCUUUGGAGUGGAGACACACAGGCAGCUCUUAAUUUGUUACAGGAUGAUGUUCUCGUGGCAGACCCAGGCACAAAAUGCCACUACAGCAAUGUUGCUUUUUCUUUAUUGGCCAAUGUCUUGGCUCAAAAGGUGACUGGCUCAGACUUUGAGACAUGGGUUUCAGACAACAUUCUGAAGCGCCUGAACAUGGAGGACACUGGUUUUAAUUUGACCCCGGCUAUUCAGAAGCAGAUGGCUGUGGGUGUUUACAGCGAUGGCCAGCCAGCUCCCCUUUACAACCUUGGCUGGUACCGGCCAGCAGGUCAGAUGUAUUCAACAGCAGCUGACAUGGCCAAACUUAUGAUGGCUCUUCUGGGCUCGUAUGGAAGGCCCCUACUCCGCCAGGACACGCUGAACACCAUGCUGACCCCAGUCAUCAGAUGUCAUAGUGGCUACUUUGCCAACUCCACUGGCACACCGUGGGAGAUCAACGAGCAAUUCGGCUACGAUGUAGUGAGGAAGGACGGCGACCUGGAUGGAUUCGCAGCCACCUUCUCUCUGGUGCCGCGUCUGCAGCUGGGUCUAGUGAUCCUGAUGGCUGGGGUUCGGCCAGCCGACAGAGACCUUGUGAGCCAGACAUACAGUUAUCUCAUCCCUGCAGUGGAGAAUGCUUUCAGAAAUGCUCGGCGAAUCCUCAGACCGCCACCUGACCCAGCCCCAUAUAUUGGCUUUUUUACUUACAGGAAUAUGACUUUCUAUGAGAUUAAGGUGGAUUCAGACGGGGUGCUUGUCAUGCAACAGUUUGGACCACAGGUGGACACAAAUGUGCCAUCCAAGUACCGAACUAUCAGGCUGGAUUACUUGGAGGACAGGGUGUUCAGGGUGGUGUUUGAGAGCCCCUAUCCUUGCAAGUUGAAAGUUAAUAGUGCCUUGGUCUCCUUGGAGGCACAGGACAGACAGCUCUUCAACUUCUACCUUUUCACCAAAAAAGGUGUGUCACCAGGAUUUGACUCCCCAGGACUCAACACAUACAGGGUGAUGAGGGUAGCUGGCAGACCAUACUUUACUUCAUAAAUACUGGAAUUCAACAAGUCCUUCAUUGUAACAGGGGUAUGUCAAGGACAGAUGAGGUGGGAAACUUGAUACUGAAAACACAUCACAGUUUUUUACUGUGUUGUCAGUGUCACACGAGUCUCUCUUGCUAAGUUUAUUAUAUUUAUUCUGGACUGGUAUUUUUUAUACUAUUUAUUUAAAAUUCUUGUGCAAAUGAUCAAUUUUACCAUUUAGUCUUGUCCAAAUAUCCAAGGCAAUCUUUGACAGAUCUUUCUGUUAAAUAACUGACACUGCUGUACAAAUGUUUGCUAAGGGGUGUUUGAUUCAUUUACAAUGUGGCAUUAUUCCUCGUUACCUUUUAAGUGCCUGCAGUGUGACCUAAAGAGGUAAAACACAACUGAUUAAAAUGUUCAGUGGUUAAGAUUUUCAAGAAUCAGUCCCAGCAGGCAAACAUGUAACCAUAGUGUCUAUGAGCAAUACAUUUACAUGUUACAUAAUAUAUUAAAUAAUGACCAAAUUUAUAUGUGUUAUUUGUUUAUUGUAUUAAUUGUUUGUUAGGCAAUGCUAAAGUGUAAUCAAGGAAGGACACUUUAGACACACUGCCAAAUGUAAUAACAGUUAUACUGAUUUAUGUUGUAGAGGUUUCACUGAGGCAGGGUUUGAUUACAUUUCAAUGUAUGGUGGUUUCCAUUAUCAACAGACUUUGACCCUUGAGCCAAGACAAGUUCAACAAAUACAGCAUGAGUCAUUUCAUACAAGAGAGUUUGGCCUCUCUUCUUGUAAGGUGAUCAAACAAAUAUGGAUCUUAUUUUUGGGGACUUCUGGCAAGUAGAUGAAAAAUGUUAGGCUCAGCAGCAAUUACCAUGAUGAAUAGCACUGCAAGCAGAAUUUAAAAAAAGAAGUAAUAUUAGCAGAGAAUUGGGCAAACUGUCACAUCUAGCAUUAUUAGAUUGACAUAAUAUUAUUUUUAUUUCUGUGACAACAUUUCUAGAAUUACUCUCACAACAAACACUUAAAGGCCAUUAAAGUGAUGUUUGGACUGAGGGUAUUUUGUGGUUCUCACAUCUCAGGUCUCUUUCCAGAAGAUGGUCACAUGGUCUGUAAGGGUCCAUGUUGGACCCUUGUGUCAGUGUUCAUAUACAGCAAGCAUGUGUUUUAUUAUUGCUAAGCAGUCAUAUGGUGAUUUCUUUUUUCUUUUCUUUUCUUUUUCUUUUUUCUUUUUUUUUUUAGCUUUUUCAUGUUGUUUAUGUAAAGGGUUAAAAAUGUUUAUCUUAGAGAUGAAUGGGAAUACAGUUAAAAGGUUAAAUAUGUCAUAAGAAAAGAUUAAAAAGUCAUUGAGACUAAGACAGCUAAUUGCUAAAAAUGUUAUGUUAAAAAUGUGUUUAAAAACAGAUACCCUUAUAUAGAAAAUUUUUUAAAAAACUAUUUCACGGUGUCUAAGUAUGUUAAAAAAAACCAAUUUCAUGGUGCAUUACUGAUUUCUGUGUCAAAGCAAUUUUCAAACAGGUCACUAGAUGGCGCAUAGUGCCAGAGAGGAACAUAAAACUGCCUUGAGGCACUUGCUGCAGAAUAAAUCCUGCUGCCGAGCUGAAUGGAAGCUAAAGCGUGUGUCUCUUUGUUUACACAUACAGGUGGGUUUAUAUUCCUCAAAACCAUAUGCAUGUACCCCAGAAUAAGGGCAUAUUGUGUUGUGAAUUCUUGGAUAUAAUGUGCAAUGUUUAGAGUCGAGUUUUGUCGAAGUUAUGGGUAGAGAUAUAGCUGUUUUGUCGCACGCGACCAUGCUAGGCUGGCGGACCUGUUGCUAAUAAGCUAAGUAAGUUGCUAACACAGAAUCAGUAAAGUUUGACACUGUUAGUUUAAAUGUUGUUUCGUGUGUAAUUUGGAGUGAAUUCAAAGAAUAUGUAAGUGACCGUGACAAGUUUGUAUGGAGAAAUGUUUUGCAUUUGUUUUCUGAAGCCCACAAUUGUUUAUGUCAGAUUCAGAAUACUGUCUAUACAUCUGGUAUUAUUGAGUAAUUUCCAAAUUAAUAGAAUAUUUUGUGUCAUUAUUUCUUGUUGAAGAAAGCAGAAUAAAUCCUGCUGCCGAGCUGAAUGGAA